AUGGAACGAAUAUACAUAUUUCUGGGGUUGUUUUCCUUUGUUUUCUUUUUGGAAGCAAUUGGAGGAAGUUAUAUCAACUCGGCUGUACAGAACAUUGAACGGCAGUUUCAAAUGUCUUCCAAAACGUCUGGAUUCAUGAUUUCAGUGACUUCGGUUAUAUUCCAUGUGUUGUGUUCAUUGCUCACUUUGGUUCAAAGGGAAACAGGUCAAGCACGAUGGAUUGGUGCUGGUGCCAUUCUAGUAUCUAUCACAUAUCUAAUGUUGGCAACACCCAACUUUCUGUUCCCUCAAGGCCAUCACGAUAUCAACACGACCGCCGUAGCGGCCCAACUGAAGCCCACAACCGCACAGUUGGCGUCAAACUCGACAUUGAGAGAACUACUGUCAUAUCAACUGAUUCGUGAUCGAAUGUCUCAAGACACGUACAUGUCAUUGAUGAAAUUAGACGAUGAAACAACACCUAUAGAAGACUACCAUCCCAUUGGAAAACCGCCAAGCUCUAACAAUACUUCCUACACAAUCGACGGAUGGCUCAUUGAUGAAGCCAUUAUCGAAGCUGAUAAAGUGAUUAACAAUGGCACUAGUCAGAACAACUUGAGAAACUCACUAGCGAUGUUUAUUCGUAGAAGAGUCAACUCAUCCGAGAAAGAUAUCAAGAAAAUUAGAAUCAGUGCAGCUGCUCCAUUUACAUUCUGUGGAACUUUGACAAACUCUUUAAGAUCAAUUAUCAAGGACUCAAAAUGCGAAGAGCAAUCUUCUAACAAUUAUCCAUUCAUGGUAUUCUUCUUUUCACUCUUUUUCCUCGGAAUCGGAAGAACUGUCCCAUGGAGUCUUGGAGUUCCACUCUUAGACGACAACAUUAAAAAGAAGUCUCUUCCAGCUUAUUUCGGAGCUAUCUCAUCGAUUCGCGUUUUGGGUCCAAUUUGUGGAUACAUGAUUGGAAGUUUCUGCAAUAAAUUCUACUAUACGUUGAAUCCUCCAAAUGGAUUAACACCUGCCGACCCAACAUGGAUUGGUGCCUGGUGGAUCGGCUUCUUGUUCAUUGGAACCAUCGCUCUUUUCCCAUCUACAUUGCUCUUUUUCUUCCCACAAGGGAAACAAGGAAGCAGCUCAGCAGUGCAACUUCAUGAUGUACACAAGGAGAAGCUGAAGAAAACAGUUGACGAAGACCGAACCAUCAAGAUGAAGCUUAAGGAUUUUGGCAAAUCAGUAAAAUCGGUUUUGAGCACAAAAAUCUACAUUGGAAGUGUGUUGGGACGUGUUUGUGACAUUUUGGCAUUCAAGGGAUACAUUGUUUUCCUGCCGAAAUAUUUGGAAAAUCAUUUUGGAAUUCCACAAUACCUUGUUCAUCGCUAUAUGGCAAUGUUUGGAGUGUUUGGCUUUGGCUUGGGAGCAGCAACUGGUGGUUGGGUGACGAAGAAGCUCAAAUUGAAUGGAAGACGUGCUGCUAUGUUUGUGAUGUUGAUGUCAACAGUAAAUGUUUGCUUGUACAGCGCCAAAAUGUUCAUCGGAUGUGACUCUAUUGUGAAUUCCAUUGGCUUGAAUAACAGGUACGAAGAAAGCAUGAAUUUUUUGCAUCAUACAAAAUUUUUCAGAGAAACCAACUACAACUUCACUCGUGUAUGCAAUUCCGAAUGUGCCUGUGAAAACGCCAGAUUGUACCCAGUGUGCGAUCCUACCGGGUAUGCUUACUUUUCCCCAUGUCAUGCUGGCUGCCGUGAGGCUAAACAAUAUGGAUCAAACCCGCUUCUCGAUUUCACUUCCUGUGAAUGUGCUGCCGGAGGGGUUGUCAGCAAGAAGUACUGCGAAAACACCUGCAAAACCAGCACCGUCGUCUUCUUUUUGACCGUUUUACCAGGAUCUUUCGUGGCUGGAUUGGGUGUGGUCCCAGCGAUGUUGAUUCUGUUGAGAUCCGUUCCACCAGAAAGUCGAUCUCUAUCUCUCGGUUUACAAGGAAUGGCAGUCUCCUUAUUUGGUACUCUUCCAUCUCCUAUUAUCUGGGGAUUGGUCAUCGAUGCAGCUUGUCUUGUUUGGGAUAAAACCUGCAAUGGAGCACGGGGAGCUUGUGCCAUCUAUCAUCCUGACCGUCUUCGUGUUUGGAUGCAUCUUCUUUACGUUGUUAUCCGAACAAUCGCUCUAUUCACUGAUAUUUAUGUCUGGAAACAUGCGAAACAUCUCAACAUCAUGGACGAACCGGUUAGCGAGGUAAGAAUGAGCGAUUCAAACUCUCAACUCAUAAAUUCGUUUCAGGAAAAGGACAAUAUCCGUCGGAACUCUAUCAAAAUGCAAGCAGUGCAACCAGAUCAAUAA